UACUCGUUCUUCCUCUCUUACACUUACCACAAACGCUUCAUCUUAAAUAUAUAAAUCCGCCAUGGCUCGAUCACAACAACGAUAUCGUGGUGUCCGUCAGCGACAUUGGGGUUCUUGGGUUUCGGAAAUUCGACAUCCUUUACUGAAGACAAGAAUAUGGCUAGGUACAUUUGAGACAGCAGAGGAUGCAGCCCGAGCAUACGAUGAAGCUGCAAGGCUCAUGUGUGGACCGAGAGCGCGCACGAAUUUCACUUUUAAUGAUAAUGAUUCUCAAUCAUCAUCGUCGACGAAGUAUCUAUCUGCUGCUUUGAUAGCUAAACUACAGAGAUGCCAGAUGAAAUCACUUAAUAUGGCAAAUAAUAGACCUGGAACGACGAAAUUAGAAGAUCAAAAUAAUCAGUUAUGUCAUCAACUUGGGAACAGGGGAGAUCAUGGCAUUGUUAGAAGAAAUGGGCAAAUGAGUGUUGAAAUGCCGGUUAGCUAUGAAGGCCAAGCUGCGAGUACACAACAAUUCAAGUCACUGGAAGAUCAUCAUAUUGAACAAAUGAUUGAGGAGUUGUUGGAUUAUGGAUCAAUUGAGCUAUGUUCUGUUUUGCAAGAAUAGGCCAUGAAUGUGAAUGUAACACUUUUACAUUCUAAUGAAAUCCUUCCCUAUUUCUUCUCUC